AUGACAACUGCUGUUCGUAUACUCGCAUAUGGUUGUGCAGCCGAUCACUAUGAUGAGUAUAUUAAAAUCGACGAGAGAACUGCCAUUAAAUGCUUGAAGGCAUUUUGUAAUGCUAUUGUUGCUGUGUAUGUAGAGGAGUAUAUGCGCCUACCUAACGAAGCCGACAUAACACGGUUGUUUGAAGAAAGGGAGCAGAGAGGUUUUCCAGUUGUCUCACAAGAUUUGUGGAUCUGGCAUGCAUUCUUCGGAAUGCCGAGUUCACACAAUAAUAUAAAUGUGUUGGAUCAUUUCUCGGUUUUCAACGGCAUCAUCAAUGGCCAAUUACCUCCGGUUAAUUAUGUAGUGAAUGGACAUCACUAUAGAAUGGGGUAUUACCCGUCUGAUGGUAUAUACCCUAAGUGGGCAACUUUGAUGCAGACCAUCCCGCACCCAACCACAACAAAAGAAAAAUUAUUUGCUCAGCGACAAGAGGCAGCAAGAAAAGAUGUGGAAUUGGCUUUUGGGGUAUUGCAGAUCAAGUGGGCAAUAACGCAAGAACCAGUGCGUUACUAG